GCUGUCCAUGAUCAAUGCGUUCUAUAACUCGAGAAUUUCAAUAAAGCAUUUAUUUUUCAUAGCAGUCAGAGCCCUCCGAUUUGACAGUCGAUUUUAUCACGAUUUUUUUAAAUGACAAACGACAGAAGUGCUGGGGACGCUGCUUGGGUUAUGCAUCAUCAAAUGCAGUCGAAUCCCAAAUCCGCCUGGCCCUCAAAUUUCAACUCGGAAAAUAAUAACGUGAACUGGAGUAACGCUAUGGUAAGACACAUUGAAGCUAAUUCAUAUCAACACGUAGAUAGCUAGCUAGUUAUGUUAAUCACAUUUUAGAACAUACGAUUUAAUGUUCGUAAACAAGCUUUUGUCUUUUUGUACUGUGUAUAAAGUUUAACGUUCAUUAGCUAACGUUAGCUGGCUAGCCUGCGUUCUAGCCAGCUAGCUAGCCGUCUUCUGACCGCGUCAGUCCCAACUAGUAAGAUUUCCUAUAUUGCUAGCUAACGUUAUCUAACUUGCUUAGUUAGUUAUAUUUGACAUGCAGAUUGUCUAGUUAUGUAGUUUGUAGUGUAUGCUAAAUAUCCUAGUUAGAUCCUAGCUAGUUAAUGGCUACUAUUUUGUGAUGCUUCUGCUGCUAGCGAACGUCAGCUAGCUAUUAUGUAAUACAGUAGGAAAUGCUUUUGCAUUCUGUCAGUGUCUUGCUGCAUUUGAUGAUUGGAUAUUUUGGUCAAACAAGUUCUUGAAGUGACGUGGCAAUAGAGGUCUAGGGUUACUGUUUACUCUGGUCAAUAUAGCUAUCUAUUUAAACAUUGCUGAUUUUGAGACUCAUAUGCCUGCAGGACGCUUCCCAAUACCCUGGUUACUCCUCAAACUACUGGUACCCUCAGACACAUUCCACAGCAGGGCACUAUCCAAAUGCCUAUCCUUCAGGAUCCGAUGUGCAGCCACCUUACAACCCACAGGUACAGUACUGCCUCAUGUUAUGUUAUGUCAUAGCAAAGGCCCUCUAAAUCCACAGCUAUACAUGGGGAUUAAGUCCUUAUCCAUAGACUCAAGGGCUCUCACCCUUCCCUGACACUUUGUUACUCACGCACACAUAUUUUCACAGACUGGCAGUCUGGCACUCACAUUCAAACACUUACUGAUGUAUGCACACAUUCCCUUUCUCUCCCUAUCCAGGCAAUGCAAGCAUAUCCAAAUGGCCAUGGCGUCUAUAACCCUGGUCCAGGCCAGUAUUCUGCAAAUUCUUUCCACCCAUCCAACCCAUUCUACUGUGCAGAGCAGAUGUCUCCCAGGCAGGCAACAGGCCAGUACCCUAGCCAGGGUUGCCAAGGACCAGAGCAGAGCACAGGGGGGUCAGGCCAACCACACGCCCAGCACCAACAUCAGCACCACCACUACCCUGGACCACACUGUCAAGGGGUAAGUUCAUUCAACCAGUGCAGGGCAGUGUUUAACGGUGUCUGAUGUAAAGGCAGUUGGGUAUAAUGGUGCUUGUUGUCUAUUUUCUCCCAGGCCCCUAGCUAUCCUCCUGGGUCUUACCCACACUAUGGGGAAGGUGGUCCUGCAUUGCCCCCAAACCCCCAAUACCCCACUGGACAGGCCCUUCACCCUAGGCCACAGGCUGAGGCUUGGGCCCACUCGGGUGGGUAUGGGCCCUCACACCAGCAGCAGCAGUGGCAGCCAGGCACCCAACCUCUACACAGCAACUAUGGGACCCCUGUCCGCCCGCAACACCCCCCAGCCUGGCCAGGCACUGGCACUGGAGCCCCACCCCCCUAUGAAGCCAAGGUACGUGUGGAACACAAGGGAGGCAUCUCAGUUACCUAAAUUGGCCUUUGGUCGUCUCGUCUCCUUUAUUUGAACAUAUUGUUUCUAAAAUACCCUCUAAGUGGGCCUAAUUUACUUAUUCUUGGAAGAAAGGGGAUAUUUCAGAUAAAAGCUCAAAUCCUCCUCUGGUACCAUAGCUGUCUUGGGUCUGAAUUCAUUUAAUUUCUAUUCAUUAUACACUAAUUGUCUAAGACAAUCUUUUUUACCUCCUCAGGACCAGCACUACCCAGGACCCCACCAGCACCAGUGUGCCCCACAGGUGGGACCCAAAUCCAGACCAGCCCCCUCCCCUAACCCCCCUAAUGGCAAGCCUGUCGACUUCAGCUCACCUCCCCAGAUGUACAACAAACCAUGGCGAGGGGGGGCGCAGGAGCCAAAGCCUUCCCAAGGUGAGCCUCCAACCCCAGCCCAGUCCCAGGGUCCGAUCGGGCCCCAGCCCCUGAGCGACAACCCCAGCCUGGCCAAAGUCCAGCAGGUCAUGGCCCGGGUGCUUUUGCUCCAUGAGGAUGUGGACGAGUUUGUGGGUAAAAAAUCGGACAAGAGUUACCGGUACCUGGAGGAACUUCUGACCAAGGAGCUGCUGGUUCUGGACUCAGUGGAGACUCAGGGACAGGAAGUGGUUAGGCAGGCCCGGAAGGAGGCUGUGCAGAGGAUCCAGGCCAUACUGGACCGGCUGGAGAAAAAGGCCUUCUGAAUUGGACCGGUUCUGGUUCUAAGGGUCUCACUGUUCUUUUUUUGUGACAUUUGAAUCUUCCACGGUCAGGUUGUGGUCCUUAUUUCAUAUCCGAACUGGUUCCUUGGAAUUAAAUGCUUAAGUCCCUGUUUGUUGACUACACCUCCCGGAUUGUAAAGGUUUAGAUAGAAAGAAUGGUUGUCGACAAGGACUUAGGGGUUGGUUUGGUUUGGAAUCAGGCCAGCUUAGGCUACUUCAUGCAGGUGUGAUCAGGAACAAAAGAGAUGCCAUGUCAAAGUAUUCAUGAUGGCAAAUGUAAUGGUUGUACAUAUCAAGUCAUGACUAAGUUAUGGUGUUGUUGGGUUAGUUGUCAUAACCCGACAUUAGUGUCCAUGACGGCUUAAAGCAUCGGUUAUGUCAUGCUUGUGCCAGUGUAAUGUAGUCUUAUAAUGGUGGUUUCAUAUAGUGUCACCAUGUUCCUUUCAAAGUAGGUAAACGUUGGCCCUUAAUCACUGAUAGGGUGAGACGUUUUUGCCUGGUUAUUAAGGUUAGGAUUUGGCGUAGGCUAAUCUGAUCCUAGAUCUGUGUUUUCAAGGCCACUUCUACCAUGAGUGUUCCAUUCACCAUGUUUUCUUACAUGUUGCGAACCAUUUGCACUACCAUGAGAUUUCCCCUUUAUCACUAACCCUAACCUUAUCUCCCACUUGUCAUUGUAAGCAGAAUGCAAACAGUGUGCAUUCAAACACAGCCUUCCAAAUCGCCACAGGGGUGGCAGGGAUUGAUAUUAAGGGUUGCCCUAUUGCCUUGGGGAAGUGAACUGAGCAGUUGAGCCUGCUCUGAGGUUG